AUGCGUGUUUUUAUCUUCACAACAAACAAGACGAAUGCUGUUCACCUCGUCAGUCUCUUCAAUACUAAAAAGAUACCAUACGUGAUUUCUGCUGACAUUACGCAACUUACCAUUGAUUAUGAUGUUAUUAUAGUUCCUGGUGGAAUUGCAGCGCUUUACCAGAAGCAUUUGGGUGAGAAGGGUAUUGCAUCUAUUCGAGAUUUUGUUGCCAAUGGUGGUGGUUAUUUGGGACUUUGUGCUGGCGCAUAUCUCGCUUCAACAAAUGAUAUCACUGGUACAAAGAACAUCGGGAUUGGUCUCCUUCCUGUUCGAUACUCUCUUUAUGGAAGUAGUGCGAACAUUCGAGCUAAUGUAACACUGAAUGAUACGAAAACCAAUGUGAUUUUUACGACAACUUAUCAUAAUGGUGCUGUCUACCAAUUUGAUCAGCUGUCAACGAACGUGACAGUAUUAGCAACAAUUACUGAUACUGAUAGUUCAAAUUCUAAGUUUCAUGAGUUUCUUGUCAAUAAGGCUACUAUCAUUGCCGGUAUGUUUGGUAAAGGACAUGUUGUCCUGUGUGGACCGCAUAUCGAAGCUAACAUGAAGUCCUAUAUGUUUUCUUUGAUCAUGAAGAUUAUUCGUCAGCCAGAAGCAACAAUUUCAAAAGAUUUAACUACACCACAAAUGACAGAGAUCGAAUUCGACCUAGAAAAAUGUCAUAUUCAUACGCAAAUUUAA